GUCAGCUGUAGGGGGCGUUGUCUGGGUUUGUAUCUGAUGCUCGAGGACGUAAAGAGAAAAAGACAUUUGAGGACAAAUACAUCACCUGUAAAGGAGCGUUACAGACAUCCCAAGUGUCCCGGAAGUUCCGGGAGUCUCCCGCAUAUUGAUAGCGGCUCCCUGAUGCCCGCAAAUGAGUUAAAAUCCCCGGAAUCUAGAGCGAGCGAGCAAGAGCGCGCAUGCGCGACAGAGACUGCGCUCCAAACCUUGUAGCGCGCGCACGGCAGAGAGGGAGGGGGAGCGAGAGGCCUUGCGUGCUAAUGCGUGUGCCUCAUUAAUCGCAUGCAAGACAGAGAGCUUCCAGAUUGGCUUGUUUCGGUCAUUAAGAAGAGGAUAUUAUGGAGCUCAUCAUCAAAGUCCUGAGUGGGGAAACAAAGACCGUGCAAGUGAAUCCAGGUGACACAAUUGGUGCACUAAAGCAAAAAGUCGCCCAAAUCUUUAAUGCAAGACCUUCACGGCUGAAGCUUUCUGUCACCAAUGGGUGUGUCGUGCAGCUGGACAAUGACCAGGAGACUGUGAGCAGUUAUGGUCUGAGUUCAGGGGCCACGGUGAUGCUGCUGAUCUCCAAUUCUCCCGUGCCGCUUCAGGUGUUUGUGAAGAAUGAGAAGGGACAGACGAAGACAUAUGACGUCACUGAUGAUGAAACCGUUGAUCAGUUGAUGAAAAAGGUACGCCAAAAAGAAGGAGCACCAGAGGACCAGCAGCGGCUGAUCUACAGCGGUCGACAGCUCGACUCUGGCAGGAGGCUGCAGGAUUACGGCAUUGUUUCUGGAAGCACCAUUCAUAUGACCCUCCGUCUGCGUGGAGGCUGAUGGGACAGAAACACUUAAGGCUGAUGGGACUCAUUUUAGUCUAAAAAAUUUAAUUUAAUGUGAUUCUUCUGUAAUGUCUGUUACUUUCUAAUUGCACUCAAUUGAUUCUCCUUGUUAGAUAGUGUUUUUGAGUCAUUUUCUGCAGUGUUCUUUCCUAUUCCAGUAUCCAAUAUUCUUCCAAUAUUCAUACAAUUGUAUUACAUUUGCUUGCUUCAACAGUUGCAUUUUUGCUUUUAGAAUGAUUAAUUAGCACAUAGUAGAAAUAAUUUAAGAAUAAUGUAAAAAAUGUGAUAGUUUAUUUUAUUAUGGGUCUUAUUUAGUAAAUUCAAUUAAUUUCUAUUUAAAUACAAAUAUUUAUUAAAAUGGCUAAAUUUCUUUGCCUUGAUUUUUUUUUUUUUUGAUCUUAUAUUAGUUAACAUAUACUUUUUUUUUUUUUAAUCUAGAAAGUUCAGGUUUAUUACUCAGUGACAUGAAACUAACAGUAAGUACAGAAUAAUAAGACAUCCAAUGUGUCCUAGUGAGUAAAAGAUUCACCAAAAGUUUAACACACACAAAUCUCAGAAAUUUUGAAAUUUAAACCUGCAUCUGAAUUUCUGUAAAACUGCUUGCAGAUUCUAUUGAUUGUCAAAAGUGCAAUACAAAUAAAAAUUAAUUGAAUCAA